AUGCCGCUGUCGAAUACUUCAAUAGCAGCGUUGAGGCAGCAAAUGGAUGGUAGUAAUCAUGAGUUGGUUAAUAUGUUAACUAAUCAAAUGGGUAUAGUUUUUAAUCCUGUGAUACAGGAAUCUGCUGAAACAAAUAGGCAGGUGGCUAAUCAAUUGACACGCUUGUGUAACUUCCUAGGGGCACCGACUCUACAGAUGGCACAAGUGGUUAGGAAAACCAUUCCUGAUCAAGUAGAGAUAGGGACAGCAGAAGAUGAGACAGUCCAUGAGGGACAAAUCCCUAGACCCCAACAAAAUCAAGGCAUUGAGUCAGGAGUAGCAGGACAUAACCAGAUGGUGUUAGUUAACCGACAUCAGGAUGCUGAUCAAAUUGUCGAUCAAUAUCGGCAAGAAGACUUAGCAAUGGAAAAUAAUUUAACAACUAUUGUCGAAAGAAUUAUGGGUAGGAAUAGUAUGAGUGCCACAUUGCAAAGGCCACUAUAUGCCUCCCCAUUGGCUGAAUUUAUUCUCCAAACCGAGUCACCUAGAGGAACGAGAGUGCCUAAAUACACUAAGUUUGGGGGAGAAUCUGGUGAGUCGACAAUAGAACAUAUUGCCUGA